AUGAAGACGGGUUCUGCUUGGAUUGCUCUUAUCGCCACUCUGUCCUGCGCACGCACCGAUAACUUCGAUGGAAUUCAAAACGACACGGACCGCAUGAAUGUCACUUUCUCGGUCUGUAAGUGCUUUGUUUGGAUCAAAAAAGACGUUUCGGAUGGGCGUAAUUCUUUUGUAUAUUUUGUUAUUCUUUAAUAAUGCCUUCUGAAGAAAGUGUGAACUGACCAGUUUCUUUUUAGUGCGAUUUACCUUUAUGCCCAUGCAGUCAUGAAAAACGAAAUUAUGAUCUAGUGCCCAUUUUCCUCAAACUUCUUUAAGUGCAUAGAAGAAUGCUAUUUCAGGCUAGAAAAAUCCGCAGUCGCGCCGUAGUGAGGAAAUUAAUAUCCAGUCCAUUGGUAUUUUCUUUGAUAUUCGCCAGCCUUCAUAACUUUGAAGGGCUACGUGCGAAAAAGUUGGCAAAAGUCGUUCGCGUGCCCCCGACGUCUUCAAAAAGAGAACCGAGAUGAAUAUCUCCCAAUCACAGACAAGACUGACAGCUUCUGUUCGAUUUUAAAUAAGUCGAUGGGGAUAUUUCGUUUAUCGUACAAGCUAUUGUGCUUACAUAUUUUGGAUAGCCGAAUAUGCUUGGCACGAAUGAAGAGUUUUAAUAUUGGUUUCUGAAAAUCUACCUAAGUAUUUAUUCGGUGCUUUACCCAAAACCACAGCUGCUCGGUAAAUUAAAUAUUAAGAAGGAGAUUUAAUUUUUGGGACAAGAAUGUUACUCCACAGGAGACUUGGAUCAACUCGCCUGUUCAUAUAUAUCGACUGAAUGACCUAUUUGCCGCAUUUAAAGGUACGUGAUUAAAAAUAUGAUCGAUCUUUCUUUCUAUAUAAAUAGUCGAACAGGUUGUACAUGUCAUCCGAGGAAGGCUGAACUUCUGCGGAAUACCCGGAACGCGGCUUAUUAGUAGUAAUGAUAUGCUGACCUACCGAACUCGUUUUACAAACAAAAAAUUUAGUACCUCAAAAGCAGGCCAAUUUUCACUCUCUUUAAGGCAGCAUCUUAUUUAAUACAAGGAGGAUGCCGCCAUUUAGUGUAGAUUCUAGUGUGAUUUGCGUUUUAAAUUGCACCGUAAAAGAUGUUCAUUAAAUAUGACUCAUGUAUACACUUUAGAAAUCGGUGCGCUGAGGUUAGUUGAUUUCUUUAAAGGUGACAGUAAAAACUAUAUUAUCUCAUGCACCUAGGCAAGAGGGAAAUUACUCUAGGAAACUCAUUUAGCUGCCGAGAUUUGAAUAGGUUUCCACAUGAACAUCCUCUGUAUCCAGGGGCAAGAAGCUUCUCCUCCGUGCCUUCAACAAAUUUAUCAUUGAUUUAAAAUUUAAUCGGGGCAUUAAGGACAUCACAAUUCGUUUCUUCUGGGCCAAUGCAGCUUUGCUGGAGUUAAUAGAGGCAUUAAGAUGGAAAAUUUGCUCGAUUUUCUACUAGAGGUUUCCGAAACCUGACUGUUCACUUGUAAAAUAUUGCUGAAUUAAUGCAGACUGUUUUUCGAUUAAUGUAUGCAUUUGUGUGCAUGUAUGUAUUUUUCCUUUCUAAUGCCUUUUAGGUGUAAUUCACGACUCCGUCUUUGACGCAAAAAGGUGGAACCUUCUCAGUUUGCUACAGCAAAAUGCCCGAAAAAUUGGUCGUGCUUUGGACGUUGCAAAUCGUCAGAAGACCUCCAAUAAGCCGCAAAUGUCUUCAUAUCCGAGACAUGAUAUCAGCUUUACAGUGGCUGAUAUUUCUUCUUCGAGAGGCAAUAUACUCCUUUCUACCGUUUUUAUGAUUAAGGAAUGUCUGCAGAGGUCAAGGGCAUGAGGAAAACACAGUGAAUUUUUAAAUUUAAUCAAUAUGUUAACUUAGCAAAGCAGUGAUGUAAGAACACCAAAGACCUGUGCGGAUAGGCUAGAUUCGAUAGUCAGCGUGGCUACCUUGAUUGGAAUUCCUGAGACGUACCUUCUUUGCCGCGUUUAUGUUAAACUCAAUAACUGACUUAUUAGUCUGACUUGAAUUUUUUGAAAGAUGACAAAUUACAACCGUUUAAUUUCCUUAGAAUAUCGCUAACCUGGACCGAAUUUUGAUAGGAAUUUUUGGCCCGAAAUCCAUCACCCGCCGCCGAAUAACCGAGUAAUAUUCAUUAUCGGCCAACAGCCGGCCAGUAAUAUUUGCUUAGACCGCAAGAUAUACAAAAGUGUCAAGUAUGGUAUAUCGUGCUGUCUCAAACAUGACAAAUUCGAGACUCUGAAGUGCCUCUCAAAGAUUAGUAAAAAAGGAAAUUUGUUGAUUCCUAAUGAAAAUGAUAGAAAGUUCAGCGCAGUCAUGGAUUCUAAUUGGUUAAUCAUGGUGCAAGAUUACAUUUGAUUACAUUUGUCAAAAGGAACAAUUAAUUUUUACUGCCUAGGCACUUCUAAGUUAGUUUCGAAUGAAGAACUUUUCCGGCAAAUGUACCAGUUAAAUGGUAUAUCUUCUUGUCAGGGUGAUAAAUGAUGAAGAAGACUUUCAACCGAAGAUAAAACGCAGGGGUUCUUAAGGAGAAAAGGACAUUUUUCACCCAGUGCAAUUUCGCUUCCACAGCUGGCGCGGACACAGUAGCAAAUUUAUCAGUUAGCAGCAACAAAUGACUUUAUCGGCCAAUAGGAUAGGAAAACGGCCUUCAGUUUCCACAUGACUGUGGAGAUUGUUGGCGAAUGUGUCUAUAUUACCUUCAGAAUGGCUAGAAGCCCUACCUGGGGUUUCACCUCGUAUUCAAUCUACAGCAGAUGUUCUAUCAUAUGAAAUGAUAACCGAGGUUCUGAAAUGCGUCUUCACUUCAAACAGAUUACCUGGGCAGGGUUGUGAUACCAAUUAUCCUCAACAUAAUACCAAGAUAGUACAGUCACUACGGGAUGCCGGCUUUCGCAUGAGCUCCAUGUCGACCGCUAAAUUCUGUAAAAAAGACUCUUUAAGUGGUACCACUUCGCCUCAUUGCUUUUUGAUGACCUUGUGAAUUCAAAUAUUUUUAUAGGAGCCCAACCCUGGUGUUUCACCCCGUAUUCAAUCCAUUUUAGCCGCACUCCUACGGCUGCACCAGUUCAAUCUGACCAUUUCUCUCACGGCCUGCGGCAACGCCCUGCACGUUGGUGAGUACGCCGGGCGUUUUGGCAUUCCGCAUGUGCAUCUGACGACCUCCGCCUGCCCAUAUCAGCCAGACGGUCAGGUCUCUUUCAUUGACAACAAUACCCUCUGGUUAAGCUAUCCGGCGGCCUAUGAGGACAACUUCCUGCAUUCCUACUUCCAUCGGGAAUCUGGCACAGACGCCGUGCAUCUAAUGCAAGAAAAUCAACUACACGGUAGGAUUCUGCAUUACUGGGGGAAAUUUUCAUUGGAAACUUCCAAAAGCAAUUUGGGGGGCAUAUGUCUGCCUUCGAUCGAUCCUCUUCAGGCCUGCACAUUCAUGUUGCUACCGAAAUAGUAAAUUACAAGGCGCAGGCAAGUGGGUAAUUUGGGGGGGGGAGAGUGAAACAUCAAGAUUCCACUCAGUACCAGGGGGAAGGUAGACACCGGGGACUGCUGGCAUGGUGGCUUUGAGCCAUGGCAGCUGUGGAAACUAUAUAAAGACCAUCUGUGCAGACAGAACCGGUUUGCACAGCCUAAAACUUAGUUUAGUCCGCUGUUUGAGAAAAAGGGUAAGAAGAAUCUACCCGGCUGAUGCCAUUGUGAAAGAGCUUAAGAUUAUCGAAAGUCUUUUUCGCCAGAUUGGAUACUCUAAUCAAUUCAUUGCUAUGAACAUUGGCAAAAGACCACCGUACUCUCCAAUGCGGACGGCAAGAAAGGAAGGGUUUUUUAUUAUGGUCCCAUUUCAAGGGGAGGUGCCAAGUAAACUUUUAAGCAGACGCCUACCUCAAGCUGUAACAAGGAUCUUUUCAGUAGCUGACACCCGUGUACUGUUCUCCACCAGCUCCAUCCCAUACGGAGAGGACAAUAAAGAACCCAGACCACUUCUAAGUGUAUUCAAUUUUUCACCUGCUCCUAUGAGGGCAGAAUCAGUCAACAUCAGUCAGUAUAUUUGGAGUAAAUGACAGAAGCCCCUAAAAACGCCAUUUAAACGAUACAAGUGUGAAUGAAAAAGUUAAAGUGCAUACGUUUUGCACGCGUUUUUAAUGUACAGAAUGCAUAAAUCUUAUGUUGGAACCUAGAUGCGAAAAGGUGAUGCAUUUACGAAAUACUGGCGAUAAAAUCGUUCACUGCAUUCGCACUGCGAAAAUUUUCAUCUGAGUCAAAAAAUGACCUAUUGAAUUCAUGUUAGUAGUAUGUUUAUAGUCAUUUCAAUAACCACCUAGACCAGGCUUGGGGAGUUCGGGUUACCUUUUAACAGGUGAUUACCCAGAUUUCUCUUAAAAACAUACGUCAGCAAAGAACUCCAUUGGCGAAUGACCCUCUAUGAGAAAAAGGAGGAACGGUGAUUUGUGUGGCACACUUCCUUUUUAAGCUGGCAAUCGUGUCAUCUGAGACUAGUCUUUAGUGCCAUUUCAAAAAGAGUUUCCCAGUCGACAUCCAGAUCAAGUCCUCUUAGCAUCUGGAAUGUAGUGGGGGGAUAGAGGUUCAAGGUCGUCGGCGCUGAUCGUGCGUAAAAUUUUUGAGUUAGUGAACAGCCUUUGUAGCACGUCGUUGUACACCUUCGAGGAUAUCUGUAUCCUUCCGAAGCCACGGCCGCCAAAGCCUGUACCGCAUAUCCAAGGGGCGGCCAAAUAACUGUCCCAUAUACCUUGCCAGAGACAUCUGCAUUCAAGGUAGUAAGCUUUCCUUGUAUCGCAUUCAUGGCUGACAUUGCUCUCUCUGCGACACUUAGGUCGUCUUUAAUGAAUACGCCAAGGUCUUUUUGCACAUCUAGGGUUUUAAUUGGCUGAUUGUCCAGGAGGUACUGUCGCGAGGGUGCAUUUAUUCUUCGCCUCGGUGAUACUACGUGCAUUACUGCACAUUCUUUGACGUUGAAUUUCACGCACCAUUUUUUGCUCCGUGCAUCGUACGAGCCGGCGUUUGUCCAAAAGGAUGAGAGAACAUUUUCCAGUAUGAUUAGGAAAGAGUAAAGUAAAGAACAUCAACAGAUACAUCCAGGCGCCCAUGGUAGCCACAGACCACCCUGUAGACGCUAGAGAGGCCUUCCGAGUAAUUUACAGGGUUCUGCCAAGCUGCGCGGAACGACUGGGGCAAUGACUUUUGGCUACGGCAGAGUCGGCUGCAAUCAGGUUACGCAAAUCGGUCCUAUCCGCACAGCAGAACUUCAUACAGGUCCCCCGUGUGCCAUGGCCCAAGGCCACCAAGCCACCCACCCGCAUAUAACUACAGUCCCUGGUGUCCACCAUCCGUCCGGCGUUGACUGGAAUUUUGAUGUUCCACUCUCCCGCUCCUUCCCCCAAACCAGAGCUACAGCAUUAUUAGUAAUCAUAUUAAUGUAUAGGCCUGGCGAGAAUUUAUCGAAAGUUUCCAAUUGUUGGACUUUUAAAUACCGUGAAAUGUUCGUUCACAAAUCCUCAUGUCUCUGCAUUUACCAAUGUGGCUUGUACAGUUAUCAAUAUGGAUCAAAUCCACUGCUAAAUUGUAUAAACCCUAUAUGGUCCCCUUUAUUACCGUAGACUAAUGUGGGGUUUUCCAUACGCGGAAAAUACAUGGCUUGUAGUUCGGAAACCCAGAGUCUAAGUGUAACGGCAGGUUGAGUUUAAAAUCAUUCGGGAAUUGACAAAGUUUUUGAAAACCGAACUAUGUCACUCCUUCGAGUAUAAGAUUGGAAGAAGACGUAAUUAUCCACCGAAUGAGCAAUAGAAUGAAUAUUUUUAUGCAUGCUUUCCAUGAAAUAUCAUUGGAAAUUUAGGGGCAUCGAAAAUCAAUGAGAAAAGCUCAAGCUAAUUAAAUAGCCGUUUUUUAUAGCGUGUGGUUUUUGCAUGCAGCCGGGAAGAAGUUCAUUCCGAAGCCGACAUACUGAGAAAUCUGAAGUAUUAUAGAUUUCUGUUGCAGUCUGACCAGUUUUACAACCCUAUAUAACUAAACUUUUCGAAACGAAAACGAAUUUCAGAAUUUCGGUUGACAUUUCAUGAGUUAGCCCGCAUACGAUCCCUGAUGAGGGGGGGGCAGCCGCAAACAUUCAUAAGUAUGCAGUAGCAUGGUGACUGCAUCUUAUAAAUGCUGCAGCCCCUUGUGCAUGAACCACCCGCAUCUGCUUUUUGUCUCUGAUGCUGGAUUCGAGCAGGAAUCCUAAACGUCAGGCUAAUAAAGCUCUUGUCCCAGCGAUCGUGUCUCCUUCUUCAAAACUGCUUCCUGGGACUCGUCUCUUCGCUUCUAUUGGCAGGGGGAAUCUGUGAUGGUGUGGGCUCCAGACUCUAGUACAUCAGUCUCCGUUCGAUGAAUUCGCAUGUGACCGACUAGGCCGAUGAGUAAGGAUGUGACAUCCUGGGGACAGCAAACAUGCCAGAAACGUUCAUAAGGAUCCUUCCUCCACACAUACCUACUAAGUGUAGUCAUGAAAUUCACGAAUUCACUUCUUGUUAAACUAAAACAGUUUCAGGAGUAAAUUACAGCAUUGGGAACUCAUCUCCUGUAAGUGUGAUUUUUAAACGUAAACGCUGAUGCCCACGCGGCGCGGUGAAAGGGUCACUUAAGCCCAGAAUCGCGUUAAGAAAAUCCUACCCACCUCAGAUUCGAAAUUAUUUCUGAUUCUUUUAACUCGACACGAUCAUUGUAACCGCUUUUGUCAGCUGGCAAGUCUUUGGUACAUUUGCAAAAUUAAAAGCACCCUUAACCCGAUACUAAACGUCAUAUUAACUGUGUAGAUCCUUUGAGGUUUUUUUUGAAUUUGAGAAACCGCAGAUGUUAUUCUUGACUCCUGGAACCACCGAAAACCCACCGAUCCCAGAGGCGGCAUCCCGGUGGUUACAUUCCGCCGCAAUACUUCCAGAGACAACGGACCCCAGAACAGACGAAGCACUGCCUUUGAUUUGGAUCACGUCUUCACCGUCUGGAUGGCUCACAAGAUUCCCCAGACAGUAUUCCUGCAUACGAUGUCUCCUGAUGUGGAGGACAUCGUGGCGCAGGUAGGUUGCAACGUUUUGCAACAACACUCAUGCCGAGUUUAAUUGGUCUUUUCAUAACUUAACGUGAAUAACCGUUUGGUUUGCAGAAGCCUGAAGUCAGCGUUGAUACACAAACUCACACUCCCCCACUGUUGUGUGAACUGAGAAAUGUAGUGUCGAGUGUCCAUAUUCAUCUUCCGAUAAUUCAUAAUCAGACCUGCACAACUAGAUGAAAUAAGCAAAUAAGGCUGAAAGCAGCCGUGACAAAACAUAAACAUAAUAUGCUGGUAGAAUUCCCUCCCUCCUCCCCUUCCCCAUUUUCAAUGCUUUUCUGAAACGUGCUUUUAAUAGUGCACAUCGGUUAACAAUUAACAUUGCAGACACAUUCCCGGUACAUGCAAUCCACUGCAUUCGUUGACAUCACGUGAAGUCCACAAAAGAUGGCCCUGAUUGUAUUUUCACUGGGUUCGUUCACUUUCGAAGAACAGUCUGAAGAAAGUUGAUAUCUUGGGUGGCAUCGACUGUUUCAGCAGGGAUAAGAGUUGGGAGUAGUCUAGACUAACCUGAGUUGAAAUAUUUAUGAUAGUCCAUAGAGUGCAAAUUACAAAAUGCCAAAGAAUGCCACAGUAAUAGCAAUGUCUUAACACGGUUGCGUACAAUAGGACAGUGAAAUAAGUAUUGCCUGAGACAAAUUUUAUUGUCCCAAAAUAAAAACACAUAACGGUGAGAGGGCCUGUUAUUUCUCAGGAAUGCACUACGGCAAGUUGGCACAAAUGCAGUCUUGUUUUGGAUUUUGAUCGCAUCAUGCAGCAAAUCCAGCAAUUUAUACUGCUUUGCCUGCUUUAGAAUCAGUGCAACGAGGUCAGUUGAUUUCGCUUUUGCCAGGCGUUAAAUCCGUAAGAUAUAAUCUUAAAACCACAAGCCAGUCCUUUGUAUAGGAUCAAAGUCAAGAAUACACUUUCCGGGAGCUGAAUUCGCCAUCAUAUAUAUCCUUUGCAUUGGGUUCAUCCAGUCUUGAAGUGAUCAAACAUUAUAAUUUGCGAGCUGUUCGUGUUAUCACCUUGUUACGCCGUUCAGUUGACUAAUUUGGAUUUCCAGCUUGCUACGGGGUAAUUUUGCGGUUAGGGUUAAAUAGAAGUAAGUUUUAGGACUAGGAUUAGGGUACGGAUCACAACUAGCGUUGGGAUUAGAUUCGAGGAUAGGGUAAAGAUCUAAGUUGGAGUUCGGGUCAGGAGUGGGGUCAUGGUGGAGUUAAGGCUAGGGGUACGCUUACCUAUGAGAAUAAUUCUAACAAUAAUUCUUAUCUUACCUUAACGUUAACCGUCGUCCUAGCCAUAGCCUUAAUCCCCUUUCAUCUAACAAAACACAUGCUGUGCGCUGGUUGCUGAAACUUAGAAAUACAAACUACUCAAAUGCACAAAGUAGAAAAUAAUACUCACGUAAAUUCUCAACAAUGCUAAUAAAGGCACUUUUAACACUAAAGCAGUGGAUAAUCUGUAGGCAUAGACCGGUUGACCAGUCAAAGAUCCUGCGAGAGGCAGUCCACGAGCUAUUUUGCCAAGAGGAGACACCGGACGUGUGCUGCCGUAACGGUUGAAGAUGCGGUCAGCCUAGCGUAUGCUGAAUGUGAUUUUUAAAACACCCUAACGUGCAUAUCCAUACAGAUACGAUAGAAAGAAGAUUGGGCGUGGAUGAAAGAUGCAAUAAUGAUGGGCUCCCAGUUUGGAUAUAGACGAACUGCUAGCGGCAAGAGAAUGAGUGGAAGGGAAGGUAUCGCGUAAUUUAAGGUUACCAGAUGACAAGAGGGCAGUUAAGUAGAUAGUGUCGAGGUGUCAACGGAUACGAGAAAAUGGGACGGAGUAUCAGGUGACAAGAGGUCACCCAACUACCAGUUGGAAGUCGGCUCAGCUUGAGUUAUUGUACAGUUGUUGACGCCAGUGGACAUUUGAGCCACUGCGGACGUGUGGCAGUGGCGUAGUUUAUGAGAGAGUGUAUUUUGCCCCUUACUGAUUUCAGAAGCAGAGGGAGUAGGACUGGAGUCUCGAGUUUCGCUCUGGCCGAACUAAAUAGUUCUUCGUUUAACGGGAAAGAUUUUAAUAAAUAAUGCUAACUAGCAUCAUGUUUUUAAGGAACUUUAAAUACUUUUGACUUCAGAGUUUGAUUACAUGCCAAAAGUCAAUCAUUUUAUUAAAACCAAGACAACAACACUUCACAUAUAAAGCUAUUUGUUCACAUCGUUAGUAGGGCGCAAUUGCGAGGAAAUUGACACUUCCCAGUGUACCUCAUUGCUCCUCAUGCUGCCUCUAACAUAACACCAGUGUUCAAAGCGAACUCAAACUUUUUUCUGAAAGAAAUUGAACUUAGAGUUAAGGCAUCACAUCGAGUUUGGGGCCAGACAUGAAGACUCUUGAAUCGGUGAAGUCAUUCCACGUCCAUUGCCUGCUUAAUUGCUAGGUUUAUUUAUGCAUAACUAAAUAUGCGAAAGAAUUUAGCGAGUACAUUGCUUUUUUCGCAGUCCAUAAGUUUUUUAGGGGUUUAGUGACAACUUCUACGAAUGUUUUAAGGGAAGAAUACCAACUUUCUCCCAUCCGUACUCCAAAUGUAGAUGUUGAAGGCAAUAUGUGUCUCUUUGAAUGUCGAUCUUUUUUCGUUCGCAGGCCUACAAUGCUGGCCUAAUUUCGCAAAACACCUUCUGGACUAUCCUGGAUGAGGCGGGCUCAAAUAUGAAUGUUUCUGGUCUCACCACUAAACUGAAUGCUUCGGACGAUGCUUCCACAAACUCGAUCAAGGACCGGCAGAGAGCACGACCCAAUCUGGCCUUUAUCAGACGUUAUCCAGUUCUCCGUAAUGAGGACUGUUUUGACACGAAGUUGCCUCUGGACUUUAGAGCGCGCAUGCGCAGACUGUUUGACUGCCGGGUUGACCACAUACCGGUAUGUCGCUUUCAGUAAAUGACACAAUUCAACCUACUGUUUAAGAUAUAGUAGCGGAUAUUAUUCAGCCCCGACAAAUUCUGGAAGAUGGUUUCACUAUUCAUAAUAGUCAAAAAGGUCUGUCUGUUGGCGGUUUGUGAGUAUGCGGUUAUUCCGCAGUGUCUGAUGGAUUUCAGCUCAACUAUUCAUAUCAAAUUUCGGACCAUGCUCGAAAAGGUCUGCUUAGAAGGAUUUACUCAAAGUAAAGGGAACAGUUUGUGAUUUUUGAAAUAAAUGAUGAAUAUUCUACUUCUCAAUAUUCGGCUGAAAUUUUGAUAAUUUUAUUCUGAAAGUCAUUUCUAGUCCCACUGUUCGACAGCACAGAAGAAAGUUCACACUGAAGACUGGUAUAUUCUGCGGCAUCCACAGACAGCUAUUUGAAAUCCUGCUUAGGAAAUCCUGCUCGGGCAGUCAGUUAACAGCAUCAGAUAUGGUGGAUUCCAGACGUUGCGGUAGUUUUGGCGUGUAAACUUGGGCCAAAUGUGAUUAAACUCGCAUCGUCCGGUGGGGCCUCGUAGGUCAGAUGGUUUGAGCGUUGGAUGUACUCAAGCCUCCCCUUGUCGUCGUGGGUUUGAACCCUGCCAAGGCACCGAUCUUUCCCCAGUUAGGUCGAAGUAAAAUUAUCUGAAAGCUGCCAAUAAACCUCUGUAUAUGAAAGCUCUCAGACGGUUGAAAGUUGAGCCCAUUCUCUUAGCGCCCAAACAAGCAGAGGAUGAAGUACAUCAGCUAAAAAGCAUGAUAAUUCGCAAAAGCCUCAGAAACCUGUCCUCUGAGCUGCGGCAGAAUGUAUUUUCAGUUAAUUUAGUUUUUCGGAAGACCAGCGGCAUUAAUAUUACAUUGUAAAUGCCAACUUUUCUCUCAUAGGAAAGACUGAUGGACAUUAUCCUGAUCACUUACCAAGCCGUUUACGGAGGUUCGCGGGAAAUUCACCCACCUUCCGUCGACACUGCGGUCAGACUCCUACGCAACGUUCAAGACGUAAGAUUCACUAAGUUUACAUGGUUUUGCAUAAGGCGCUCCGAAAUCUUUAACAAACUGUUAAGACUGUCUACAGUUUUAUACUUUCUGACCGACCUGCGCAAGACAAUUUGUCCUAGCGAACGAUAGUACUUAACUGAGCCAUCAAAAAGAAAACACUUUUUAUCUUUAAAAUUUGGACGGCAUUUUCACUGGCUCGUAAAAAUCGGGUCAAAGUGAUCAUUAAGAAGUAAAACCCGGCGUGUUUCGUCUGCUGGCAAGAGAGGAAAUUUGUUUGUCAUUCUGACAUUAACUCCUGCUUGUCUAAAAAUACGAAGCCUAGGGUAUAUAUCAACUUAUGAAUGAGCCUCCCCCAAUAAGGAAUUCGAAUGUUAAAAAAUGCGAAAGACGUGCUGCGUUCAUCAGUUGUCAAAAGGAAUGUUGCCUGUGGAGAUAUUGUUACGAUGGCCAAAGCAGUGGGCAGAAACUAUCUACUCCUAUCUUCAAGCCAGGUCGCUGGUAGGGGCAAUAGAGUUGGACGAGAGACAUGCAGCUUUUGUGACUUGUCAAAAGAAUUGUUGCCUGUGGAGGUAUUUUUACGAUGGCCAAAGCAGUAGGCAGACCAUAUCCACCCCUACCUUCAAGUCAGGUCGCCGGUAGGGGAAAAUAUAGUUUGACGCCGGUAGAGAAUGCUGCAUGUGAAACACGGACAAUAAGCUGUAAUUCAAAGAUGCGAACUCAAAUUUCCCUCCAGUAAACCGAACUGAAAUGUACAAACUGGGAACCGGGCGGGAGAUGUGCAUGCCGGACGUCCUCAUAGCAGGCAUCGGUGUACGUCCGAGGCCGGAAUCCGAGUGUCCGGUGCGAGUGCAUAUCUGACUCAGUUUUUAAACUGAUUGUCUGGCUCGGAUUGCUGGGACUGACCGAAAACCUCCCGGUUUUAGCGUUUCACCAGACACUAUGGGAGCAUCCCGUAGGGUCUCAGAAUGUCAGAUAGAAGACUGUUGCUAGUACGUAUGAGCAAAUAUCCUCGAGAGAGAGAGAGAGAGACGCAGAAAGGCAUCCGACGCCGAAGUAGGGUCACUAUAAUACGUGCUUAAUUUUUGACUCCGAAUGGUAACACACCACUUCACAGACAAUAUUUGUAAAUGCUCACAAAGUGAGGUAUUUACAGGCGAAUGGACGGCUCGUAUUCCUUCCCCUGCCUACCUACUCCAGCUGCAGGCGGAGACAGUUGUGGAGAGGACGACGGGUCAGAGAGAUUCAGAAGCUACACAUUUCACGACUCCACUACGGACUCGCUUCUUGUUAGUCGGCAUCGAGAUUUGUGGAAAACAUUUGAGAAUUUCGUUUAUCGACCUGGUUCGACUGUGAGAGGUAAUACGGGCGGGUUAUUUUGCCCUUGAGGUUCAGAGUUCCAUUCUCACCGAUGAUGACCUGGCGCAGAGGGUUUACUAACUGUUAGAUUGUGACCGUUUCUGAUUAGUAACUUAAAUAACCUGACGAUUUUAGCUUCUGGAAUUUAAAACUCCCGAUGUCAUUCCCUCGCAUGCAUGCUUAAGUACACGUUUUUUGGUAUUCUGAUAUUUGGAAAAUACAGGCUGAAAACAAGUCACUAAACUGGACAAUUGCGUCUAAUGUAGAUCUCCGAAGAGAAAGGCGUGGAAAGAACCCUGUUGCCGCAAAAUAGCUGACAAUAGGGGCUGGAUGUUUCAUUUAAUUUUAAAUUUGUUGGCAUUAGUUUACUUUCUGCAGACACGAUUAUCGGGAAGCAGUAUCCAGCAGUCGGCAUUUGGACCUCUCUCUGGCUUACUAAGUUUAAUAGCGCUGACUUGGUCAGGUCAGUUGAGCUUGUUGGAAUGAAAUCGUCGCAGACACUGAGGGGGGACAGAGAAGCCUUGCGGCUACACCCACCGACCGCGAAACGAAUCAGUGUCCCCACACAGUCACGCUGAAGCAACUCUUAGAGCCUACGCUCACAAUAUCACCGUCAGUGCAGCAACGCGACAAAAUAGCAACGCACAUUGCACGGCAAGCAGACAGAAUGUCUCGUCCCUCGCAUGGGGGUAUUUUAUGUGUUUGUGCCUUCCGCAGAUGAACAGGUGUUCCAAUGCAAUUAAGCUUCUGGUAGUCAGUGAAUUUGUUCCAGUGAACUCUAAUAACUUCUCAGGAGAAACUAACGAAUGGCACAAAACUACAGAAAACAACUUACGCCGUUUCUUUGGCCAAAAAACAAAGGACUCCCUAAAUACUUUGACAUCAUCACCAAUAGAAUUCCAAGACAUUAAAGAAUCGCAAAGUAUCUUGUUCGAUGGGCCAUUCUGAUUGCUCAAACGCCAUUAUAUAUAUAUAUAUAUAUGCAGCAUGUUAUUACAGACAAAGAUAUGGGAGACUGGGAUGGCCAUUCCUGGCGUAUUAGCCGUCGUCAGCCAGUCAUAACCAACUCCGAAGUGUGGAACACCCGAGGCUCGAACUCGCCCAUAAGGCACAACGGAACGAGUGACUUCCGUAAGAACGAUCGCUGUGCGUCCCCUACCAUUGUAUAUUCCCGAUCGAAAAUCGACAGGGCAACGGGCUGGUGGUCCAGUGUCUACAGGCGUGGACUUCUAAAUAACAGGUCGCGAGUGCGGGUGUUGCACACUUCGGGGUUGGGUAUGACUGACUGACGAUGGCUAAUAAGCCAGAAAUGGCCAUCCCAUUCUCCUUGUCUUUCUCUGUAAUAGCAUACUGCAUAUAUAAGUGCUGGAAGGCGGGCAUCCCAAGAGAUAUAAAUUGAAGAUGAUAGGUUCUUUGGGAAAAGUAAAAGCUUUAUUAGUAAAUCUUCGAAAUUGGUUCCCCAGCUCGUCGUCAGACUACUGAGUUAUGUACAAAAACAGUUAACUAUUUAAACCGCACCGAACAAGUGAUUCCGUGGUUGGCCGAAGUCUGCGACAAUGCGCGUCAAUGAUAUUUCGUCAUCCCCUCAGCAUUGGCUGCGCUCGCUUCCAUUUGUCCUUGAGGAAUUUGCACGUAGCAUCUAGAACGAUAUGCCGAUUGAUGCAUGCCUCAUCUGAGUGCAUUGCUUCCAGGAAUUCGCGGCCUCUCCUUGUAGGGCAGGCGCCAACAAUAUAUAUAGCCAUAAAAUUGUACAGACUUGAAGAGAACUUACCGAAACAGACGUACGCUUGCCAAAUUGCCUUUUGAAUUUUUCAAUGGGAAUCUUCGCAACUCUAAAAUGCCAUUCUGUUUAAAAUCACGUAGACAGUAUAAGGUGUGAAAAUACAAAUGCUCCUCUCAUCUGCAAAACUCCCGCUGAUGGGGCGAAGUUUACAUAUUUCAAAAAAGUCAUCUUAAUUUGAUGACGCUCUACUGGUAGUCACAUAAACAGACUACGUUUCGGCUACUUUUAGUGGUACAACGAGACUGGCCUUCUCAACAGUCUCUGGAUGUUCGCUUCCAGAACCCGACGACUGCAUGAGCCAAUCACGUUCUACAGGACAGCACAACUUCAAGCGGAUGGCAGCUUAGAGAUGACCGAUUUUGCCGCCUUCCAGGCACCUAAAUCUGACAUCAGCGGCCUCUUUCCAAACGCCUUUUACAGCUUCUUCGGCGAAAAACUUCGAAUCGGCUGUUUGCAGGUACAAGGCUGUCUGUCUAUUAAAAACGCGGAGAAACAUUUCUUUUCUGGUAUCAUGUUGCCCAAUUAUCUCGGAAGACAAUUGAAAAGAAUGAAGGAACGGUUAGAGUAAUCUUAAAGAAGAUUGGGCUGUCGAAUAGGUUCAUGAACAGUCGGUGCUAAAUGGCCAAGAUGAGUGAAGUACGUCCUAUUUGUACAGAAGUCAGUCGGGUUGCCUACGGUCCGGAGGUUGAUCUUAUCACCAAGGUCAUGGUAAGCGUGUAAUCGGUCAAUGACAUCGGCACCAUGAGGAAGCCGCUUCACGUGUAUGAUAAGUAAGAAACCAGCCUUUUGAGAAAAGCAACCUCAGUGCCACGUAUCUAAUGAGUAGUCUUCAAAUCCCGGGGUUGGAUUGUCUAAAAGGCAGGACUAAUCAUGCUGUACCCAUCGCAACUUGCUGUACUAAUUAAUAGUACGCAUCUCCUGUUUUCCUAUUUAAAGGCGAGAGGAUUUGUUGAAGGCGGCAGUCUGGAUGAGAAUGGAUUUCUGCAAAAUGCCUCUGGUUUCCAAAUCGAUUUACUUCAACUGCUUCAGGAGCAAUUCCAGUUCGGGUGAGUUACCAUGUUCACACAUAAGGAUUACAUUUAUCUACUCCGAACUAAUUGGAACCCUCUUGCCAACACCGAGUCAUCAGUCGCGUAAAAUGCUUCCUCAGCCUCAUAAAAUGGACAUGAACGAGAAUAACGGCGAUCAGGCCGCAUCAGGCAGAAUCUGAGAACAGAUCAUUGGUAUCGCACAAUAUUGUCAGUCUGUUUCCAUGGCCGUGAGCUCCACCACUGAUUCACUGAGAGUGUGCAAAUACGAGGGGAAUUGACGGAAAAAAUCUGACGGGGAAAAUCUAACAAGUCAUCAGGGCUUCAUUGUCUGCCGAUUUGUAUAAAUUGGUUGCACAAACUAGCUUCCAGUCAAUGAGGUAUACCGAUAUCCAGCUCUGUUGCACGGGAUAACCCUCUUAGAGCACGGCGGAUCGUGAACUACCUACCGUGGCAUUCUGAACCAGGUCUUGUGAAUUUAGGAUGGUUAGAUUGUAACUGUUGAAGCUGCAUGAAUGGGCGUGACUUUGACUCGUUGGUACUGGCUAACUGUUUGCGUGCGAACUGAUAAUCGGUAUGGCAAUUACGUACCUACACACAUCAUGCUAACAGUUGUUUACGCCAAGCCAAUUUCGCCGAGAGCAGAGGACCUAUUUAAUUGUGCCAAAGGGGAUUUUGGAGACUGCCUGUAUAGGGUUAUCGUCGACUGCCACCUAAUAGGAUAGUUUAAGCACCAGAGGCCAGAAGCGGCAGAUAUUCCUCGGUUCAACUGCCUUAAAGACGAUGCAAAUGAGAGGGAAAGCGCAUAAAUUCAUAUCAGUUGGUUGGCAUAUGUACGUAUAUAGUUGGUUGCCUGUUCGUGACCCUUGUCACCCAUAAGAGUCUCGUUUGCUUCGGAAAGCUAAUAGAUGGGUGUGCGUCCUUUCCUGAUGUAACACAUACCCGAUCUGCGGCGACAGAGAAUGACAGGUGACGAGGCAUUGAUGAACUUCGGUUCGAUGAAGUGCAUAUGACCCAUCUAGUAGACCACAGUGGUGGACCAACUGCGUCAGGUGUGCCUGUUACUGGUCCCCGCUGAUGGUCAGGGUUACGGGCCCGAAACAGUGCCCGAGAUUGCGUCUUCUUGACUCUGCCAGUGCUGUAUCAAUCUACCCUCCCGGACUCUGUCGUCUCCCUCCUCUGCUAUCGUGGCGUGGCCGACUUCGACCUGGUAGGCGGUUGCCUGUUCGUGACCCCUAUCGCCCAAACGAAGCUUGUUUGCUUCGGGAAGCCAAUAGAUCGGUGUGCGCCCAUUCCUGUCGGAAUAAAUACCCGAUCUGCAGCGACAGAUAAUGGCAAGUGGCGUGUUGCUUGAGUCAUGGUUCACGGGAUCUCAGUCUACAAACAAGUGCAACGUCAGCCCUACUCCAUAUUCUCUGCUGAGGCACAAGCUGGCCAAAGUAAUUUGCCAUCCGGGGAGCACGCAGCCGGUGAGCCAGGUUGCCGCGCAAUCAUCACGCCAGCACCUAGAAAGGGUGAUGAGAUUUCAGCAAUUAGCAACUUUCAUGCCGGCAGUCAAACCAGUAGCGCACUAACGGGCAACAAUUGAUGAAGGAAGAGCGGUUACCAUAGGUAUGCGGUAGCAUAGCGACUGCCUGCUAUAAAUGCUGCAACUUCCUGUGCACGGGUCACGCGUUUCUGUCACUGUAUCUGAUGACGGGUCCAAGUGAGAAUCUGAAACGUCUGGCAAAUAAAGAUCUUGUUCCAGCGAUCGCUUCUACUUCUUAUCAGAUCAAUACUCCUUUGGUGCUUCAGCCAGUAAGCGGCCGCCGCGUGCGUCAGUCUGUAUCGAUUGGCUUUUGUCUGUUGCACUUUCCACUGAGAUUUUCGUACGUGGCAUCUAACUCGAUGUGCCUAUUGAUGCAUGACUCGCCGGAGUGCAUAGCUUCAAUAAACUCCCGGCCGUUUUUAGAGGGGCAAACUCCGACGAUAAGAGUUUUAUCCCAUGCGGUGUGCCCAGUAUUAAGCGUGUGCGUGGCCAUUUGAGACCGGUGGCCUUUGCCUCUUAACUGCCAGUUGGUGUUUGUGGAUACGUGUAGAGACAAAUUUUCCCGUUUGGCCGCAGUAUACGGUGUCAGGCAUCUCAUGGGAUCUUAUGGACGACUUCCUUUUAUCGAGAUAGUCAACCCUAUCCUUAGAGUUUACAAGGUGAGUGUGUAAUGUAGUCGUCGACUUGUGUGACAAUUUUAUUUGGUGUUUCUUCAAGCGUCUUUCAGCAAGUUAAGACAAAUUCCUUAUGAAAGGAAGGAUUCGCGAGGAAUUUACUUUGGGCGUUUGAUUAGAACUGUCUAGUUCCUUUACUUUUAACUCUUGUUGUCUCAUGCAUCGACAUACGAAACAUUUAGGGUAACCGUUCUGGGAAACCAAUUCAAACAAGUAGUCUAGCUUAAUAUAGCAGAUUUUAUCAUCAGAGCAAAUUGUUUUGCUCUACGUGGCAGAAUUUUGUCAGUACUCCGCUUGUAGGACAUAGGGCGGUUGCUCUUAUAGUGUAAAAUUAUUUUAGCGUAUGUUUCUUCGCAGUAAACGGACGUGAGUAUUGUUCGUCAGUCUUCCGCUGUACGAGAACAGCUAGAAAUAGGAGUUUAUUGUCAACUUCUAUUUCCAGCAUAAAUGUAAUUCACCGAAUUGGUUGAGUUGAUGGUGUUGUGGAACACAUCCAGUGGAGCUUUUUUAGUAAAAACAAAUAUGUCGUCUACAUAUUGCACCCACAUUUAAGGGUUAACUAAUGGAAGAGCUACUAGUUUCCGUUUCUUCAUUGUCACCUCGGCAAGAAAGCCAGAUAUAGGUGAUCUCAUAGGGGCGCCUUUUAGUUGUUGAUAAUAAUGGUGGUCGAACGAAAACUUUGUUUCUAAACAAAGGUCCAUGAAUUCAAGUAAAGCAACUGCGGUAACAAACCUCGCAUUGACGCAGUUUACGUACUAAAAAAUGCCGAGUUUCUUAAGGCCAUGCACUCCGAUGAGUAAUGCAUCAAUAGGAAAAACUAGUCGGAUGCCGCGCAGCUAAUUGCUCCAGACUAACGCACACAGCGGCUGCCUACAGGCUGAAGCACCAAACGAAUACUGAUUUCUCAGCACGUUUGAAGUGUUAAUUGAUUUUUGCACAUUUAUUCAAGUCUGACGACGAUACGAGGAACCAACGUCGAAAAUUUGCUCAAUGAAGUUCUCCCCCUUCCACAAAGUACGCAUAUGCCUUCAAAUGUAUAUACAUAUAUAAAGUUAGAGGGCCUCACCGACCGUUUUUGCGGAACUCACUCGUUCUCUUGUGCCUUACGGGCUGUCUCUAGAGCCCGACCAGCAUCCGCACAGCGGCGCAUGAUAUAGGCAGUAUGGUAUUACCUACAAAGACAAGGGAGACUGGAAUGGCCAUUUCUGGCUUAUUAGAUGUCAUCAGCCAGUCGUACCUAACUGGUCGCAAGUUCGAGUCCCAGGUGUUCCACACCUCAGGGUUGGGCAUGACUGGCUAAUGACGGCUAAUAAGCCAGAAAUGGCCAUUCCAGUCUCCCUUGUCUUUGUCGGUAACAACAUUCCGCAUAUAAAUAUAUGCACAUAUAUGGGCGAUGGGAAAAUUUUAUUAACAUAUUGCAUCACAAAUGCUAAACUGGAGAAACUAUUCGUUUUGGUUUCGUAUUGCGGGCUUCAAUGAUGUUUGUUCUUGAAGAAAAACGCUGAAGUUUGUUGUGCUCGUUGACAUGUAUCCAAUUUCCCGUAGACAAUUUAUUCAAAAGCCAAGAAUGUGCUCCCAUAAUCUGAGGUUGCGAGUUAACCGUCUUGUCUAAUUCCCCAGAAUUCGCAUACAAGAAACCUGUUAUCCGGAACUAUAUGGAAAAGAAUCUUUCCUUAAUGCUGUCUUGUAGAUAUGAAUGCAAACUUUAAGUUUUAUUCAGUAAUAAUUAAUUAAUACAUACAUUUAUUCCAUUGAGCACCCUUGAGGGUACGGUCACUUCUCCGAGCUUUCCAUAAUUAGUUUAUGAUUUUUUGUCGACGGCGAUAAAACAAUGCUUUCUGCAACUGGACUGCACAUCUUGUAAUGGAAAAGAAACAAGUUUCUGCUCCUAUAGACUUUAACUAGAAAUCUAUUGUCAUCUUCUUCUGUUCUUCUUCUUCCUCCUCCUGCUGAUAAUACUAAAAGGCCUAUUCGUCAUCGCUGGCGACACCACCACUGGCACCACCAAUAUUACAACUACCACUACUACUGCUUCUACUACUACUACUAAUAAUAAUAAUAAUAAUACUAUUACGAUUACUACUCCUAACAGCAGCUUCGCUCCCAAACAUAUACACAGUCCAAUAGGUUAGCACAUUCUUGACUGCCCACCACAAAUAGUUCCUUCCUGAUCAAGCUCAUGCGUGGCUGAUUCGAGACGUUGGCAUAAUGCAAACUUAUGUUAACUUUUUUAAUCAACCUUCCAUGCGAUCGAAUAAAAAAUUGAAAAGAUUCGUUCGCAGGAGCACUUAAAUGUGACUGAAUGUAUGUCCUUCCGCUCUCACCUAGUUUUGAGCUCGUGACGCCCGCGGACGGCGAAUAUGGCCGUAAGCUGCCAAAUGGUUCUUGGACUGGCCUUAUAGGCCUCGUUGUCCGGGGGGUAAGUUGUACCAUAUUGUAGUUAUAUCACAUUCCUCGUAGGAAUUCCGAAAGUUCGCGGAGGUGAAACCUAGAUAUAUUGCCUACUUAAUUAACGCAAGUAGCCUUGACAUGCAGCGUUCGCAGAAACUCGUGGUGCAUGGGCUCGUAUGUCUCACUGUGCCACUGAACAGAGGCUAUGCCAGUGAAAAGCGUCAAUCAUAACAUGAAAAUACCUCAUAGAGGCUAAUAUUGUGAGCAGAUUUCGAUGUAACUUCUAUUCAAAAGGACAUAACACUUCAGCAGAUGUUACCUUUAACUGAUUUUGGAUGCCAUUGUACCCUCAAGCAAAAAUCACAGAAACAACGCACAAAAAUCAAUUUUUGUGCAGCGAUUCUAGAAAUAAUAAUCUGCCAUUUCAAGCCCAAGAAAGAUGAAAAUUCCAAUAUAGAAAACGUUUUUGAUCCGAAAUAACACAGAAACCCUCAGUAUAUUUUUUAUGAAAAAGAGUAUGUUUGUCGUAAGAAGGGAAGUUCGCAAAUCUGGUUAUGGAACCUGCUCAUCGCGUUGUGCAUUUGUAUGGCGAAAGGUAAGGGAAACUGGAAAAGACACUUCUGACUUACUAGCCGUCAUCAGCCAAUCAUACCCAACCUUAGGUUUGGGACACCAGGAGUGCUGUACUUUUGUUCGAAUGACUAUAACACUAAAAUUUUGUUAGAAUUGGAUGGCGUACAAUGUAGCAGGUACUGGUUGUGGCAGACUAGUAACAAUAGUCCUGUUUAAGAAAAAAUAAUUGCUAGCAGCCUAAAAGUUAAUUAUUUGUCUGAGCAAAGUCACACGAAAUCUGCUGUCCGUAAUAUGGGACUGGAUGCCUUAUUCUGUGUCCAUUAAUUUUUGACAUUGAUGAUUUCUUUUUGUGGAAAAAAACCUUAGGUUUGGACAUUCACAUUCUUCGCUCAUCGUAAAGACCGGGUAAAGCAUCAAGGGUCCAUUUAGAAGGAUUUUUUGAAAAUUACGGCAGCCCAGACACCAAAAUAAUUACCUAAUGAACUAUUCCAUACAUGGAAAAUGCAUCGCAGUUUGUCGAAGGACAGUUGACGGACAUAGGAUAAAAGUAGCACACCAACCGAAAAAUACCCCACGCAUACGGCUUUUACAUCCUACGGAAAGGAUUAUUCACCUCAGCAGAAAAGGCAUUGUCCACAAUAUCCUGUGUGAUAUUUGUGAUACCGUCUACUUUGGUCAAACUGGGCAAUCUGUGUCAGCUCGUAUGGGCAUAGCUAGUGCUGACGGGAUAACAAGAUGCAAUUGACGCGAAUUGAGGCGGGCUCCGGUCAGCCGCAGAAUUGCUUGUUAGGCAGGGUUAAAUAGUUUUUUGCACAGGACCCAUAAGUCCGGCGAAAAGUUGGGGACUAGCACUAAAAAAUUUACGUGUGCCUGGUAGUCAUGUGGUGGAUUCUAGGUGAAUUACUUAGGAAAUCCUGCUUGGGCAGUUAAAUUACUGUAUCAGAUUUGGUUGAUUAUAGACGUUGUGGUAAGUUGGGCGGAUUACUUGAACCAAAUGUGAUUAUACACGCGUCGUUCAGCGAGGCCUCGUAGCUUAAGUGGUUAGAGCGCUGGCUGUAGUAAAGUCUUCCCCUUAAUGCGUGGGUUCGAAUCCCACCGAAGCGCCGAGUUUUUCACAGUUGGGUCAAUAUGCAUUGGUAAUAAAAGUUACUUAGUCUCGGAAUUAUCUCACUACUUCGAAUUAAACUUCCUAAAAUGCUUUUGUCCGGCCUGGGAGUACCUGGGCGAACUUUCUAUGUACCAUAUGAGAAAGUGUCAUUUGGCAAAAGGUUUUUUUCGCCAGAAACUCAACCGGCAGACGAAAAGAAUGGGGUCGGUCAAGAUCCGUACUAUGGCCAUUUCUGACUCAUUAGCUGGCUAUACCUGCUUGAUUAUUCUUUGGAGUUUAUAUGCCAGAAGCCGCAUAGAGAACGCUGGGGGGCACACUGCCGAGCCGAACACCUCGCAGCUGUGCCGGGCAGCAGCAGAAUAUCGUCGAAACAGCAGUCUGGGCUUUUAGCUGGUACCUAUAUGGAGACGGCAGCAUAAUACCUUUGCCAUAUAUAUAUAUAUAUCGGUGAGCGCCCUCUGCCACUAUAUAUAUAUGUGUGUAUGAGAAGGAAUGACGAUUUUGCGAAUAAUAAGUUUAUUGCUCUGACGUUUCGGGUGCAGACAAGCUUCCGUUCUCGAAGAAGAGUGUGUUAUCGCAAUGAUGGUCAUUCCAAAAGGGGCUUACCUGCGCACCCAGUGCGACAGGGAGGAAGGGGUGGAAAGGGAGUCCUCGAGCAUCUUGCCACCUGAUGAGAGGGUAAUGGAUUAACUUUGGUGGUCAUCAUCCGCAUACACACGGAGACCGUGGCGGAUCUUAACUGAGGUCUUAGGCUGACAAUUUUGUUUACGAUGCCAUAACCGUCUUCAUUUUUAUCGGUCGGUGUAGUGGAUGGUACGUCGGUAGGGGAAACUGCGCCUUCGUCGGAUCAGGGUUUUUAUGCUGCGACGUGAGUGUCCGCCCUGGACUUGUUCAUGUUUGGAUUUAUGAUUGACUUAGCUUCACUUUUGCUCUUUUGUUCACUGAGCUAAAUCUGGAGGGUUUGGUAGGCCGCAGAAAGUGCCACAUAACGGCUGACGGAGGUUGUCCCCAUGUGCCAGACCUCGACUGUUAGCCUAGCCACGCCCUCAUUCCCACUACUAGAAAUUUCGGCAUUCCGGAAGACAAAAAUAUGUCCAUAGUCGGUGCAGUGUUCCGUCAUCAGCAAUAACUGGUUCAUCCUCCAGAAUGUUUUCAUGUGUUCUCCGGCAGGGGUCGGUAGUCGUUUACCGGUCUCUCCAAUGCUGCUGACUUCGCGGAAGUGACACCUAGAUCGGUAGAUGACGAUUGUGGUUCUACCUCGUGGGAGGGGGGCCUUCAGCCCUAUAACUAGGUGUCGAUUUGUUGACUCCGGCUGGUGGGCGAUGCCAGUCCACAGCCCUUCCAUCCUGCCUCUCUGGCUGCAUAGGUAAACCUUUUUUAACAUGACCAUCGCCACUUAUGAAUACUGUGAAAGGCGAUACCACACCCACUUCUGAGGACAGAAGCUUGUAUGUUUCGGAAACUCCAGAACGGUGAAACUAGGAUUCCAGAAAUCACAUUUUCUUCUUAUAUAUGGGGACGCGCACCUUCGCUUAUAUUCUUAUAUUGUAUUAUAUAUUAUGAUAGUAGGGGGCGCUCACCGAUCGUUCAUACGGAACUCACUCGUUCCGUUGUGCCUUAUGGGCUCUCUCUCGAGCCCAACCAGCAGCCGCACAGCGGCGCAGGAUAUAUAGGCAGAAUGAUAUUACCGACAAAGACAAGGGGGACUGGAAUGGCCAUUUCUGGCUUAUUAGCCGUCGUCAGCCAGCCAUAUGCGAGCCCGAAGUGUGGAACACCCGAGCCUCGAACUCGCGACCUGUUGGUUUAGAAGUCCACGCCUCUACCCACCGGGCCACGAGCCCGUUGCCUAGUCGGUUUUCGAUCGGGAAUAUACAGUGGUAGGGGGCGCUCACCGAUCGUUCAUACGGAACGAGUUCGAGGCUUGGGUGUUCCACACUUCGGGCUUGGGUAUGGCUGGCUGACGACGGCUAAUAAGCCAGAAAUGGCCAUUCCAGUCUCCCUUGUCUUUGUCGGUAAUAUCAUUCUGCCUAUGUAUUAUAUAUUAUAUAUACUUAAAUACAUGCAUGUAUAUGUAUACUUACAUAUGCUAGGAAAACACUCACCAAUCAGGUUAUGGAAUGUGCUUGUUCUCUUUUCCAGUCUCAGUGCUGACUGAUAUCCUCCCACUUAUCUUUACCGCCUUACUGCAGGAGGUAGAGUUCGCUGUAGGUCCAAUCACAAUCUCGGCUGAGCGGGCGAAGGCGAUCCAGUUUAUGGAGCCUUUUCAAAGUGCCCAUCUGGCAGUUUUUUACAGAACCCCGGCAGAAAGCUCCAACCUAGUUCGCAUGGCAACACCCUUUCACUGGCAGACCUGGACUCUUAUAAUCGCCUCCAUCUUCCUGACCUCAGGGCUGAUUUGCUGUCUAAGCCGUUGUAGCCCAUUCAGUGCUUGGAACCUACGUCUGUUGGGCGCUGUCUCAGACGAAAUUAGUCUUUGGGACAAUCUGUGGAAUACAUUUGAGGCCUUCGUGAUGCAGGGUGAGAUGUUUUUGGAAAGUGACUUUGUAAUAGAAAAAAACGUGUUUCCAUGCUAAUUUUCUAAAUCCCCCUUCUGGCCACGCCUAUUCGGCAGCACAGGAAUUCUACCCACUUGCUUAUUCGUCGAGAAUCCUCAUGGCCAGCUGGUGGAUGUACGUUGUCCUUCUACAGGCCGCCUACCAGGCAGAGCUUGUGGCUUUCUUGAGCAGCAGCGAAGUCAUUCCGCCCUUCGAGACGCUUGAGGAGCUGGCUGAUGACACAGCUAUCAUCCCCCUCGUAGCUCGUGGCUCCUAUGCUGCAAGUAUAAUGGAGGUACAGUUUGCUCUCAUGAACAUUUACUUUCUCAUACUCAUUAAAAGCCCUAUCCGAAUGAGCAGAAGUCAGUCUGAGUUGAACAUACACGUUAGAUUACUUGUCACUGGCCCUGAUGAACUAAUAUAUGAUACGGUCUUACGUUUGUGGGGAAAACCACCUGGGUCCCGUGGGGGACUUAAAAGUCCGUUUGAUCUAUCUGGCGAAUUUUCGCGUGGUGGCGACAUGUGUCAACAGUAGGUAACCGACCCUAGCCGCUUACUAUUGUCAUUUCAACAAGCUUGGCCGUCAAGGUCGCCGGCUGUGCUGUGGGACUCUGAAAGCCCGCCAGCCACAGUCAUGCUAGCUGUACGACCAACUCCAAGGUCAACAUGGAUGUCGCUCUGAUUUGGCCACACAAUUCCACUCACCACCUCAACGGUAAGCUUUCCGCGCAGCUGGAUAAAAUCGUCCUUGAUAAGAAUGAAGUCCUUACAGGAUCGAGGGAAUUGUAUUGCUGACGUUUUGAAGGGAUUGGUCGGCACUCUUACAAACACAACUCUGUCCGUACUCUCUUCCAAACAGUUGAAACACACUGCAGCACACCAGCCGACAAAAUAGUUGAGCGACAAUACCUCCAUGCCCUCUUUCGGGCCAGUGGAUACCCAAGCUACUUUAUCAGGUAAAGCAAGUGCCGAGUGAACAGACAACGGCAACAGGAAGAGCAACCCGAUUUCUGGAGAGCUAUUCAUUACAUUAAAUGAGUUUCCGAGACGCUGCGAGGCGGUUUCACGACUGUUAUAACCCGCCAGGGAAGGCACUGUCCAUGGACACCAGGCAACAAUCUGACGUCCUUUGAUGCAACCCAAAGACAUAUUGCCACCCACUGAAACCCAAUGAAUUGUCUAUUAAAUACAUUGUAACGGUGGAGACUGCAACUACGUUGGGGAAAGCGGACGGAAAUUGCAGACCCGCCUGCAUGACAGCAAACUGGAGAAUAGGAUACUAGGCCCAAACUCACAGCUUGAGGCUCACAUCGGAUGAACUGGCUACAGUUUUGACUUUAAAUGAGCAGCCGUCUUAGGCCGGGGUGCCUCAAGGACAGAACGUCUCCCACAUGAAGCUUAGUGCUCAGAUGUCAUUUCCAUCAACGGGCACCUAGACCUUCUUGCGGCCUUUAAAGUCCUACUUCACUGCAUACACCAUGACCAGGACAAGACAGUCACACGGAGCUUACGAAUACCGAGCAAACCCCGCCUGUCGACUAAUUCGCCUAAAAGGGGGACACAAGCACAACUAACCCCAAUUUAUGUGACGACACACAAAACAGGAGGUCACCAGCACUUACAAUUAACGGCCAGUAGUCCAAGGCAGUGAAAGAAGGGAAAAACAAAUCAGCCCAACAUCAACUAAUUUGGCUGUGUAUUCGAAAUUCUGGUCGAUUUUUGCACUAAACUCUUUGAUACUGGAGCGUCGCCCAUGCUAGUCGAAACGUCAGCAGUACAAUUCCCUCGAUCAGGUAAGCGCUUCAUUUAUUUCAGAUUAUCGACACGGAUCUCUUAGGUUUGCUAACCUGAGCUCAAAAUUGCCCUUCUGUUGGCAUUUUCACCUUCUAAUUAGCAAUUAACCUAACCACCGUAGUGGCCACGGUUUACCAGGAUUUCAGCUACGGCGAUGUGUUCAGACGUUUCCCUACUCUCUGCCUUAGAAGGCCGGUCCAGAAAGUACGUAUGGCCGACUCUGGAAACGAACAAUAACGGUCUCCGAGGCGGAAGGCAUGGAGAAAAUUCUCGCCUCUCCGGAGUUCGUCUACAUUGACGAUGAAGUCACCGCGGGCGUAAUGGAGGAUGCCGUGAACAGGGGGAUAUCGAGGAUGAAGGAGACAUUCGCACACUCCUUCUACGGAUUUCCAAUCGUCGCAGGAACGGAAUACAAGAGGGCCUUUGACUCGUAGUAAGUAGAAUUGCUGCCUAUUCAGUGUUGCAUACCAAACAUCGGACGAUCUUUUUGCACUCUCUUUUUGCCCACCAAAACAGCAUUCGUCGACUUAAAGAGACUGGUAUCAUCCAAAGGCUGUACAGCAAGUGGUUGGCCCCGCUGAAGAGGCCGGAUGGGUCGUCAGUCACCGAGGGAUCCAUGACUAUUGACAUGAACCAGAGUUCUGGCACCUUCAUCCUCCUCGCCAUCAGCGCUCUUGUUUCACUCCUCAGUCUCGGCAUUGAAAAGCUGUGGUUCUCAACGCUGCCUGCACUGAAGGCCAAAUGGGACAGUCGGAAGGCGUGCCAGUCUGGGGAAUAG